AACAUUUGAGAAAUACAAUGACCAACACACUGGUGAAAUUGAAGGACCAACCAAACAGAGCAUUCACUUCACUUCACAUUGCGAGAAAAAUUGCUACAUGACGCGGGAUAGAUCGUGGCGAAACUCACCAGAGCCGUCCGAUUCCUGUCAGAUGGUCGCCGGAGAGUCGCCGGACUGGCUUCCCGCCGGCUGGACUGAGCAAUUCGUUGUCAAGGACGGCCGAGAGAUCAAGCACUACUUCAACACUGAAACUGGACAGAAAUUUUAUUCCAAGAAAGAUCUGAUUCGCUAUGUUGGAAUUGGCAAUGUCAGCUGCAAGACACCUGAACAAAAGGAUAACUUCGAAGAGAGGUGUUCAAAAAAGAAACCUAUGCGACUGGCAAUGAAAACAAAUGAAACACCUGAAUGGUUACCUCCUGGAUGGAUUAUGGAGUUGAAAGCUAAAAGCAGUGGAAAAAAGUACAAGUGCUAUGUUGAUCCAGUGACCGGGAACAAGUUUUAUUCAAAGCCAGAGGUGUCUAGGUAUCUCAACAGUAUGAAGGAUAACAGCUGUGUUUCGCAACAAAUAGAAAUUGGCACUGAUUCUGCUAGAAAUCUCAACAUGGAUCAAUUAACUGGAGCUGAAACUUCUAUGGAUCUGGAGCAGUCCCAAAAUAUGGAAACUCCGAACAAAAUAAGUUGUGCAUCAGAACAGAAUGAAAUAACAUUUAGCAAGCAGUCCUUGAGAAAGGGUGUGAUUGUGAUGACUAAACCUGAAGAGCUACCUCUGGGAUGGAUAAAAGAAGUCAAAAUGGAAAAGAAGGGAAAUGGGAUCAGAAAAGACCCAUACUACACUGAUCCUGUAACUGGAUAUGUAUUCCGCUCCAUGAAAGAUGCUUUGCGCUAUGUGGAAACUGGAGACAUUAGUAGGUGUGCUAUUAAACCAAAGAAGAGGGAACAAAUAGGAUUUUUAAAUGGAGAGACUUCUCUCAACAUGGAUCAAUUAACUGGAGUUGAAACUUCUACGGAUCUGGAGGGGUCUCAAAUUUUGAAAACUCCAAAGGAGAUAUGUUGUGCAUCAAAACAUAAUGAAAUAACCUUUAGGGAGCAGUCUUUGAGAAAGGCUGUGACUCUGGUGACCACACCUCAUGAACUACCUGCAGGAUGGAUAAAAGAAAUCAAAACUGAAAAGAAGGGAAAUGGGAUCAGAAAAGACCCGUACUACACUGAUCCUGUAAGUGGAUAUGUAUUCCGCUCCAUGAAAGAUGCUUUGCGCUAUGUGGAAACUGGAGAUAUUAGUACGUGUGCUAAUAAACCAAAGAAGAGGGAAGAAAUAGGAUUUCUAAAUGGAGAGACUUCUCUCAACAUGCAUCAAUUAACCGGAGAUGAAACUUCUAUGGAUCUGGAGCAAUCUCAAAAUAUGGGAACUCCAAAGGAAAUAUGUUGUGUGUCAGAACAGAAACAAGUGACGUUUAGCAAGCAGUUUUUGAGAAAGGGUGUGGUUGUGAUGACUACACCUGAUAAGCUACCUCCAGGAUGGAUAAAAGAAAUCAAAAUUCAAAGGAAGCAAAAUGGGAUCAGAAAAGACCCGGUACUGAAUCUUUACUACACUGAUCCUGUAAGUGGAUAUGUAUUCUUCUCCAUGAAAGAUGCUGUACGCUAUGUGGAAACAGGAGAUAUUAGUAGGUGUGCUACUAAACCAAAGAAGAGGGAAGAAAUGGGAUUUUUAAAUGGAGAGACUUCUCUCAACAUGGAACAAUUAACUGGAGUCAAAAGUACUGUGGAUCUAGAGCAGUCUCAAAAUCUGAAAAUUCCAAAGGGGGUAAGUUGUGCACCGAAACAGAAUCAAAUAACCUUUGGCAAUCAGUCUUUGAGAAAGGUUGUGAUGAUGGCUACACCUGAUGAGCUGCCUCCAGGAUGGACAAAAGAAAUCAAAUAUGAAAAGAAAGAAGAUGGGAUCAGAAAAGACCCGUACUACACUGAUCCUGUAAGUAGAUAUGUAUUUCGCUCUUUGAAAGAUGCUUUACGCUAUGUGGAAACUGGAGACAUUAGUAGGUGUGCUAUUAAACCAAGGAAAAGGGACGACAUCGGAUUUUUAAAUGAAGAGACUUCUAGGGACUCAACUGAGACUCUGCUAGAGGAGAAAUCGAUAGAGAAUGACAAGCGAAAGAAUAACAGCAGCAGUAGCAGCAACGAGUGCAGGUCUUCAAAACGACUUGCGGGGCUCAAACCUGAGAUGGCAGUCAACUUGGCGUUAGGUGAAUGCGUUCUUAAUGCUGCGGCUAGAAACUCUGGUAUACCUUGUUUGGAGUCCCUCGGCAAUGUAACUCAGAGCAGCUCUGAGACCAAGAAGCCCCCGGAGGAGCAGCAAAUAGAGAUUAAACACAAGGAAGACGCAGCAUCGCGAGGCAUCUAUUCGUUUGGGGAUUCUUGGUCAGAUCCAUGCCUAGAGUUUGCGGUUAAGACUCUCACGGGGGCAAUUCCCGUAUGGGAGGAUCUUGCAAAUGAAGAUGACGAUCCUUGGUUAUCCCCUCCGAAGCAAAGUGGUAUUUCAUCGCCCGUGGAAUCCCCAUCCGGCCUGCAGUUGCCGGUGAAUCAUCCUGGAAAUGUUCCUCGGCAACCUAGCUCGGCUGAUGAUCAUGGAACAAAAUGAACUCCUAAAGAAAGACGUGCAGAGUUUUUUGGGGCCUGAAAGAAGUGUGGCUGCUAGGUAUAUAGAGGACUGGUGGUGCUAGCUAUAGACACUGGAUUUUGUAAACUGAACUACUUACUCAUCAGUGCCUAUGUGCUUUUUGCUGUUUUGCUGACUCCUAUGGCCUUAGUGAAUGGCUUCAGUAUUUUGUA